CUUUGGCUCUGGAAACAGAUCAGAGCUCAAAAAGCAAGAGGGAAGCAUGUACUCUCCAGAUAAAUGGGAGCAGAGAAGAGCCUUAUAAACCAUGAAGGUACACAGUUUGUAAGCAAUGCACAGCUUUGUGUGUCCAGGAAGAGGACAGCAAUAGAGAAAGAGACACAGAGAAGGAGAACAAGGAGGGGGUGAUGAGCUGGAUUUUUAUUGGAAGCUCUUAAAACUGGUUGCUAUGAGACCUUCUGCAGCUACGGCAGGCACGGCGGCAAGCAUGUGAAGCUGCUAAAUCGUACCUCUCCUAGGUACCACUCCAUUUCUCCCCCUCUCCUAUUGCUUUUAUAGUUGUUUCAAGGCAAGUGCCUGCCAGCUCUGUACAGCUCCCCUCAAAGAAGAUGGAGGCCGGAGGUGAAACCCCCAACUCCUCCAGGACCUUUUCGGGGGGCUUGAGGGAGUAUAAGGUGGUGAUGCUGGGAUCAGGCGGAGUGGGCAAAAGUGCAAUGACAAUGCAGUUUAUUAGUCAUCGGUUUCCAGAAGAUCAUGAUCCCACCAUAGAUGCUUACAAAACACAAGUACGGAUAGACAAUGAACCGGCCUAUCUGGAUAUCCUAGACACAGCUGGACAAGCGGAAUUCACAGCCAUGAGAGACCAAUAUAUGCGAGGUGGAGAAGGCUUCGUUAUUUGCUAUUCCAUCACAGAUCGUCACUCCUUUCAAGAAGCGGCAGAAUUCAAAGAGCUCAUUUAUCGUGUCCGACGCACCUAUGACAUCCCGUUGGUGUUGGUGGGGAACAAAAUUGAUCUCAAGGAGCUGAGGCAGGUCUCCAAAGAAGAAGGUAUGAUCUUGGCCAGAGAGUAUGCUUGCCCUUUCUUUGAGACCUCUGCUGCACUGCAUUUCUACAUUGAUGAUGUCUUUCACAAUCUAGUGAGAGAAAUCCGCAAAAGAGAAAAUUCACUGCUUCUAGCAGAAAUGAAGUUGAAAAGCAAGGACAGUCUGUGGCAGAAACUGAAAGCAUCUUUGAAGAAGAAGAAGAAUGAAAGCCCUCCUUGGUGACACUGAUUGUUUACUUAAGUGCUAAAUAGUUGGAUGACAAUUAUGUAGAGCCCAAUGUCUAUUGAUUUUCAAAAGAAAUACAUGCAAAUGGUAUUUUUUUUCAGGAUUCCAUAGUAUAAUUUGUGCAAGAUGGAGAGAUACUCCCUUCUAAUGUGUUAGUAAAGAGAAGUUUGAGAUGUAUUUAAUGUGUUUAUGGGGUGUAUAUGUCUUUAUAAGGAGGUUGUAUUUGAAUGGCCUCAAACCCAUUAAUUUGUUCCAGGUAGAGUAGACCCAUUGAAUCAGUAGUUGACAUGUUGCUCAGUAAAGACUUUGUGACAGAUGAAAAUAGCCCUUGGAGCCAAUCCUAUUCGCCUUAUGUGUUGUGAAAAACCAUCGAAAGCUCUUUGCUUUGUUCUGUAAUUCAUUCUAGCUGUUUCACAUAGAUGUCACUACUUGAUGACAAAAUCACAGAGUGAUGGUCAACCAUGUAAGAUCUCAUUUAUCUUCAGCCUUUAGGGAGAAAUAUCACUAUUUGCAUCCCUUCUAGAUUAUGAAAUGCAAGGCAAGAUCACUGUGCUUCAAUAUAAUAUUUCCACUCACCCGGAAGCCCUUUACAUGUGCUCUCAAAGGGAAGUCUCAUUGAGAGAGGAUUGAAUUCUGGAUAUAUAGCAUUACAGCAUUAAUCAGUUUGAGAGUGCUUCCAGUUGUCCCAGAAUCACAAAAUAUUAGAGAUGGAAAAGACCACAAUGGUCAUCUAGUCCAAUUAUUUGUUAGAUAGGAAUCCACAACUAAACCUAUCCUUAAACAGGUGCUUUGAAUGAGAUUUUCCUGUAUCUAGGCAGGGAGUUGGACUGGAUGGCCCAUGAGGUCUCUUCCAACUCUAUGAUUCUAUGAUUCCUGAAAGAUGCCCAUCCAAUGUCUGUUUAAAGAUGUCCAAAUAAGGAGAACCCGUCCUUUCAGUCAGUUCAUUAUGUUGUCAUUGGGACUUCCCAAGAAGAUGACAUUUAUUCUUAUAUAUUACUGUAAAUCAUAAAUUUCAUUAUUGCAAGCCAAAAUGCAUUUUUUCUAAGUGUCCCUUUAUUGCAAAAAAGUAAACUGUGCAGUUUGAGGACUAUGUACUAGGCCUGGGUAACAACGGAAAAUUUUGUUUCUAAACUCGUUUCGUUUU